CCGGUCAGCAGGGCCGCGGUGAUCCUGGGGGCUCGGGCGCCCGGACCUUCCGUGGUGAGGAGACACCGGCUGUGGCGCAUGUCCCCCACACCCGCUCUGACCCCAAGUCGCCGUCCGCAGGGAGUGCAGGUGACCCACAGCCCGUCAGGGCCAGGCCGGCAUGUCCAGAGGCAAGGGCCCCGAUGGGCAGGCCCGGAUGGCGGUGGCCGCGGUGGCCCUGCAGGACCAGCUUCUCCGGGACCUGCGUCUGGGGGGCCUGCUGCCCGCACCCCACCCCAGGGGGCGCCCAGUGGGCAGAGUCAGGCCGCAGCGGAGGCGGGAGAGAGGCCGCGAGGACAUGGAACCCGGGGGCGGCCGCGUGGCGGAGGAGGAGGAGGAGCAGGUGCUGGACCCCCGGCCCCCGCCACCGACCCUGGCUCAGCGACUGGGCCUCCUGGAGCUGCCCCCACGGCCGCUGUCGCCGGAAGGCUGGGCCCGCGUGAAGCAGAGGUCGGUGGAGCAAGGCGAUUCGGCACAGCCGUGUCCCAUCUGCAAAGAGGAGUUCAGGCUGCUCCCGCAGGUGCUGCUAUCCUGCUCCCACGUGUUCCACAGGGCGUGCCUGCAGGCCUUUGAGAGGUUCUCGGGCCAGAAGGUCUGCCCGCUGUGCAGGAGUUGGCAGUACCAGACGCGGCUCAUUCAUGACGGCGCCCGGCUCUUCAGGGCCAAGUGCGCCACCAGGAUCCAGGCCAGCUGGCGGGGACACGUGGUCAGGAAGCGGUACCGGGAGCUGAGGAGGACCAUCCCGCCCACAGACCCCACGCUGAGGAGGGGCUUCUAUGAACAGAAGCCUGGGGCCAUGUCACCCGCGGCAGCCCCACAGACCACCCAUCCGGCCGGCCGCCCAGUUCGCAGAGUUGAGCGGCUGCCUGCUGCGCUCCUAUGUGACGGACGUGGACGCGCUGCUGCGGGAGGUGGACCGCUGUCUGGCCGUCAACCGCAGCGUCGUGCGGCAGCUGGAGGAGGCGCGCGGCCCCGAGCUCACGGACGCGGACUGGACGCGCAUCCAGACCCAGGCCCUGGGCCGGGACAGCCCCGAGUGCCCCAUCUGCCUGACGCCGCUGUGGGAGCGGGGGGCCCGGCGCCGCGAGGUGGUGCUGCUGUCCUGCUCACACCUGUUCCACCACACCUGCCUGCUGGCCCUGGAGGACUUCUCGCCGGGGGAGGCCGUCCCCGUCCACGCCUGCCCGCUCUGCCGCUCCUGCUACCAGAAGAAGGUGCUAGAAGGGUGACGUCCAGAGCGGCCGCGGCAGACGCGGGUGGGAAGGGCCGGGGCGGGCGCCCGCGAGCCGGAAUAAACGCCAGACAGGUGCCCACCGGGCCAGAACCGCCAGCGCUGUCAGCGUCUGGGCCCUGAGGGCGGCCGGGUCUGG